AUGGGUCCCCGACCAAUCCCUUUCCCAGGCUUCACCCCGAUAUCUGAUCGAGUAUACCUGCGCAAUGGCAACGAGAAGAGCAAACCAGUGCCUGCAGAUGAGCCCACAACAAUCAUCAUCUCCGGCUGGGGCGACGGCAUGCCCAAGCAUGUCACCAAGUAUUCCGACGGCUUCCAUGAACUCUUCCCAUCCUCCCGGAUCAUCGUAAUCCUAUCCGGGACUCUUCAAGCCUCAAACCAACAAGAAGAAGCCAGAAUCCAAGCGAUGAUGCCAGUCGUCGACACCCUCUUCCCGACACCCACGGGAAGUGGCGGUGAGGACGAGCGCGUUCUCAUCCAUGCCAUGUCUAACACGGGCGCGAUCUUCGCCGCGGCCGCUGUUGUCGGAUACCAGCGCCGACACGGCACCGACAAGACUUUCCCCCACAAGCUCUUGAUUUGUGACUCGACUCCGGGAAGUCUGGACUUUGCUUCUCAGGUUGGGCGUUGGUCCCACGCGAUGGCCGUUGGCACGGCGAAAUUCUUCCCCUGGCCCGCUAUCAUCACCCAGGGACUGUGGUAUAUCUUCCUGUGGGCGAAUUGGGCCUGGGAGCGUCUGCGUGGCUCGGAGCCGUCGGGUGUUUGGGCGAACCGCGUGAUGAAUGAUAAGAGCAUCACGUCGACCGAUUCUCACAGGUUGUAUCUGUAUUCCAAGGAAGAUGAAAUUAUUGGAUGGAAGGAUCUGGAGGAGAAUGUUGCUGGUGUGAAGGCGUUGGGCUGGCCGGUUGAUCUGGAGAUGUUUGAGGGUUCAUCGCAUGUUGGCCAUAUGAGAAUGCAUCCUGAGCAGUACUGGAGCAAGGUUCUCGGCGCUUGGAAACGGGCCGUGGCCGAUCAAUAA